CGUCCAGCUCCGCAGCGGCGCAGGCGGCCGCAGUGACAGCCCCGUCCCGGCCCGCCGCCCGCCCGCCCUCGGUGCCCACAGCCACGAUGAACCGGGGCGGCAGCAGCCCGUCGGCCGCCACCAACUACCUGAUCUGUACCAACUGCCGGAAAGUGCUGCGGAAGGAUAAAAGGAUCAGAGUGUCUCAGCCCUUGACAAGAGGACCAAGUGCCUUUAUUCCAGAGAAGGAAGUUGCUCAAGCAAACACAGCAGAUGAACGUACUAACUUUCUUGUGGAAGAAUACUCUACAUCCGGUCGUCUGGACAACAUCACCCAGGUCAUGAGUCUGCACACUCAGUACCUGGAGUCUUUCCUGCGGAGCCAGUUCUACAUGCUGCGCAUGGACGGCCCCCUUCCUCUACCACACAGGCACUACAUCGCAAUAAUGGCUGCAGCUAGACAUCAGUGUUCUUACCUAAUAAACAUGCAUGUGGAUGAAUUCCUAAAGACCGGAGGUAUCGCUGAGUGGUUGAAUGGUUUGAAAUAUGUACCACAAAGACUGAAAAACCUUAAUGAAAUAAAUAAGCUGCUAGCACACCGACCCUGGCUGAUCACGAAAGAGCACAUUCAGAAACUGGUGGGUCUAAAAGGAUGGACACUGCCCUUGGGCCUGCUUGGAAAUCCGGAGAGAGAUCCAGAAAUCUCCAAUGGAUUCAGGCUAAUAUCAGUCAACAAUUUCUGUGUUUGUGACCUCGCUAAUGACAACAACAUAGAGAAUGCAUCCCUUACAGGCAACAACUUCGGGAUUGUAGGUUCCCUAAGUGAGCUGGAGGCCUUAAUGGAAAGAAUGAAAAGGCUUCAAGAAGAAAGGGAAGAUGGAGACACAUCUCAGGAAGAAAUGACCACUCGUUUUGAGAAGGAGACAAAAGAAAGUCUUUUCGUUGUCUCUGGAGAUACUUUUCAUUCAUUUCCUCAUUCAGAUUUUGAGGAUGACAUGAUUAUAACAUGUGAUGUCUCCCGAUAUAUUGAAGACCCCGGUUUUGGGUAUGAAGACUUUGCUAGACGAGGAGAAGAGCAUUUGCCAACAUUCCGAGCUCAGGACUAUACCUGGGAAAACCAUGGGUUCUCCCUGGUGAACAGACUUUAUUCUGACAUUGGACAUCUUCUUGAUGAAAAGUUUCGCAUGGUCUACAGUCUCACCUAUAACACUAUGGCCACCCAUGAAGAUGUCGACACAACCAUGCUGCGCAGAGCUUUAUUUAACUAUGUCCACUGUAUGUUUGGAAUCAGGUAUGAUGACUAUGAUUACGGAGAAGUUAAUCAAUUACUUGAACGAAGCCUGAAGGUUUACAUUAAGACAGUGACCUGCUAUCCUGAGAGAACUACCAAGCGCAUGUAUGAUAGUUACUGGCGUCAGUUCAAACACUCAGAAAAGGUUCACGUCAAUUUACUGUUAAUGGAAGCACGGAUGCAAGCUGAACUUCUGUAUGCUCUUCGUGCCAUAACUCGGCAUUUGACCUGAAGCCUCACCCAGGGAAAAUGUCAGAUGUGUGUAAAGACCUUUUCACAUAAGAUAUAUACAUCAGAAGCUGUUUGUGAUGUAGCAUCAAAAGUUAUUCAAUUCUCUGUGUCAAAGUUUAGCCGUUUUUGGGGGCGGCUGUAAUGUGCAAUGAUGUGUUUUCUUUUUCUUGAUGCUUAACAUUACUAACAAUUGCGAAAAUAAUACUGAGGAGCACUACUUUGCAUUGUUUAUAGUUGGAGUUUUGGAAACUGAUCAUAAAUCAUGAACCUGGUUUGUUAAUGCUUAACUUCAGCGCUUUGGGGUUUGUGUGUAUGUGUAUUUCUCUCCCCACCUUUUUUUGUUGUCGUUAAAUAAGGAAAAGCGCUUACAAUCUGCUCAAGCAAUUGUUUAUUCAGAUAUUGGAAUUCAGCAAAGAAUAACCUCCUCUGGCCACUCCACUUUUCAUGGUGUGUCCUAAAUCUGGCGGAGGAAAAGCAUGCGCCGUUGAACUAAGCUGCUCACAGGACACAGCCCCGUGUCCCCAGGAGAUUAUUGUCAGGCACUGUUUGGUUUUUUUGUUUGUUUUUGUUUUUUUACUGCUAUUGGCGAUAACGUGAAAUGUGAUACAGCCAUUGUCCAUAAUUUAAUGUGAAAUUAAUCAUGAUGAAUUCUAUAGCAUGCUACUGAAAUGCCAAAUUCAGCUAUUUCCUUUCUCUUCUGAAACAGAAGUUUCAGUUUUCCAUAUCAGAUGUGUAUAUUAAAGGUGGAAUUAUACACAAUCCUUCCUAUCACUGACAGUAAUCCUCCGUCAUCUUCAGUUAUCAGUGCUCACAGUGCUGCUUAUAGUUCAUUUAGUUGGCACAUGUAAUCUUGUACCCACACUAGGCUGACCAAAAAUUUUGUUUGCACAUUUUUCUUUUCUCAUAGUGUUUGCUAUAUUGCAGUACACAGAAGAAGGUUACUAUACCUAUAUUUUUUUCCUGUUAGGUUUUUAGAACUUAUUUUCCAUGAUUUUUCUUAUAAUAGGUUAAACGGUUUAUUAUUCAAAGGUAAAAAUUGUGUUUCUAUGCAUUAAUGUGAAUGAACAACAACAACAACAGAAAGAGUGCAAUAUGUUAAAGAAACAUACUAAACUUCCCCCCUGUUAUGUCACUGCAGAAGUGUCCUUUAAGACAGAGCCAUAAAGAAAUUUGGUUCAGAUUUCUUUAUUGCACAAGGCUUUCCCCUUACUGGGGUUGACAGUGUUCCUUUCAUAAAGCCAAAGCACCCCCUUCCCCAGAAAAAUCUCUUUGGACGACGAGUUUAAAAAUAAUGAACAAGUCUUGGAGGAAUAUAAGCAUCCAAAAAGUCACAUUAUUGCAUUGGUUUAUGUUGCUUGAUUAGACUAUCUUCACAGAGCACAACAUUAUGUGUUUAUAGCUUUAAUUUGUGUUACGUUAAUGAACCAGCGAAGUGCCUAAAGAGAUGCUUACAGCCAUCCGGUGGGACACAACUGCACGGCUUAAACACUUUGUGGUUAAUUAAUGGUGACUUGAAUUGUACACCAACAUGCUAAUUUUUAAAAGCAGAUCAAUUUUUUCCUAGUAAAUAAUAGUAAAUAGUUAAAAUUUUUGUUAGAUUUCCCACAAAGAUUUCAUUUUAGACUUAUUUGUUAUAUAGGACUUACUUUUUUCCCCCUCUCAUGAAAGAAUAGUGGGCUAGUGUUUUGUUUAAUAAUCCCCCCCCUUCCAUUUAUCAUCCUUUUCUGGUACAAUGCAGUAGGUUGCUUUCUUUUAGAUUUUGUUCCAGAUGAGAAAAUAGAAAGAUGACUGUGAGCCCAGUAACAUAAGGCAGUUCUGCAUUUUUGGAUUCCAGGAUCUUCUUUGAAAACUUCCAUGUGAGGAAAAAAUAACGAAUUUUUUAAAGACGAGGGUGGUUUAUUUAAAGAGAUUACUCAAAGAACUUGUGCCAGGUUUCUUCUGUUUUGUUUAUUGAUAUACCAUAUAUUGGCUUUAUUCAAUAUCACAUUAUAUAGAUAUGUAUUUUAAAAGUAUAUAGGAGAAUGGCAAAGCCUAGACGACAACAUUAAUGUCCAUUUAACUUUCCAAACUUUAGAAAACUUUCAAGUUGAGGAUCUCUUUUAUUCUUGACAUUUGUUUUUUUAAUAGGAGUCCUUCAGUUAAUAAAUAGCCCUAUGUUUGUGCAGGGGACCUCUAUUACAGGAGGAAGAUGAUUGUUAUAUAUUGAAAAGGAAGAGAAAUUCUCAGAGAACACCAUAUGAGCUUUAGACCAAAAGAGGAAACAAGGCUUAAGUAACUAAAAUGGCCACUUCAUUUUUGUUUUUUGCUUUUUUCCCCUCAGAAAUGUAAGUAGUUGGAGUUUGGGUUACGGAAAUUUAGUGCCUUUCCUAGAUCUCUUUCCUAGCAAGGUUUCUUUCCUCAGCAUUGAUCCAUCUCGUCAGUAAUCAGGAAAAUAAGUUGGCUUGGAACUAUAAACAGAAACAAAACCAUCUAUUUAUGAACCUCAGUGAACCAGCCUAGAGAAGGUGACCUCUGGAGGUGCCUGAUUAAGCACCUACUCAGAUGCAUGCGCAGCAUUCCAGGUUGUGGAUACCAUUUUACAGCGAGCUUGCUGUGGACUUUAUCUAAUGCAGACUUGAAAUUCCGAUGCGGUUUUCCAGGGUGGUAUUUUUUCAGAGUAUUGAAUUUACUAUGUAGUAAUUUAUAGUAUAGCUUUUUAUAUUAAAAUGUGAUAUUUUUAAAAGAGCUAUCUGGUUCAAUUGGUGAAGUGAUGUGGUUAUACGAGACUCUAACCUAUCCCAUGGGCUCACAUCGUGCCAAACUUUAAAUGUACAAGUGUACGUGGAAAAAAAAGCACAUGCGAAUGUGAAUUCUCUACCUUCGUAGCUUAUUAUGUUAAAGUUAGUUUAGUCACCCACUGAUGUAAACGCUUGAUCAAUGUCGAUUUACUUUGAAUUUCAAGUUUUCCAGCUUCCGUUGCAAUUCUUCCUUUCUCAGAUCCCCUUAAGAAAUAUCUAAAUACUCUGCCAUCUGAAAGUGAAUCUGUCCUUUAGCCCGAUCCCUUGACCACAGCAGUGGCCUCAUGGGAUUCUUGAGAUUAGGCCUUCUCGGCCAGACUCAUAAUAUGUAGAGGAAAAGAGGCUUUUACCUUCCUCACCUUUUUGAACUAAGUAUAUUGUCUUAGUCUGGGAAGGAUCUUUGUCUCAUUUGGGGUACUUUUAAAAUAAAAGAUGGCCAGUGUGGAAUCUGGGGCAUGGCCUUGGCCUUUAAUCAUGGCUUCAAACCCAAAUAAUAGCCAAGCUUCACAGGGCUGUUUUAGAACAGAAAACUCAAUGUAAGCUUUAUAUCAAAAUUCUAUUUGAACCAGAACCCCUAUUUUAAUUGUGUUACAGUCUCCUAAAAUUUUUCAGUGCUUCUAAAAGCUAACUAACAUUAUUUCAGAACUGUUUUUCCUUUUCCACCUUACAGAGUUUUUUUUAAUCCAAAAACUUAGAUUUUUAUGCCACAGCAAAACAAAAUUAAUCAACAAACAAAGAUCUGUGCUUAAAAAUAGUUCUCCACUGUAGUACAGAGUGCAUGCAUAUAUGACGGUAACAUUCUUUUAAACUCUAAGGAAAUUCAUCAGGGAGAAAUAAAUAAGUUUCAGUGCAUAUUAUAAAAAUGAUCUGCACUGUACUAGUAGAAAGAGGUUUUUGUGUUGUUUUAUGUUGUGUUUAAAGACAAUUCUGAUUUAUUCCUCCAGAAAGCAAGACCUUAAACUCUUUAUCUAAUAGGACUUUUUCUUUUUAUGCAAAUAGAUGGUCUUACACAGAAUAAACUUAUGCAACCAUAAUGUUAUAUAAAUAGUAUAUGAAAUGUUCUUAGGAUAAUUGAACAGCAAAUGGAAACACAUAUGGUUAUACUGUUCAGAUCAAGUUUUAAGUUAGCUAAUCUGUACAAUCAGAGCCUAUUCUAGGUGGAUGUCAUCAUAAACUGUGUUUCCCUAUAAUAUCCCUCUGGAGACUGAGAAUCAAAAUAAGUAGUCUUUCCUCGAAGCAGUACUGUAACAUGAAUGUAUUCAUCUCAGUCAACAGAACUUACAUGCCCCCUGUAUGUGGAGCUUAUUUUCAUGCUAAUGUGGCUUAGUUAGCAGUGUCUGCUCAGGUGAGACCUAGAACAAAAACAGCAGGGAUGAAAUGGAUCAUCAGAGGUAGAGGUAUAUGUCAAGGCAGAGCCUGGUGAGGAAGGAAAAGGUUUUCAAAGAACACAUGGAACAUAAUUCCGAGACAGUGGCUGUCCUCAGCAUCAUACACUUAUUAUAAAGGACAUUUCCCAUCGUGGGAGCUCCUGCCUGCAUUCCAUCCACCCUUCCCGCCUGCUUUCUCUUCCUCCAAGUGCCUCAACCUCUACCCGCUCCCUCUCCUCCCCUUCCCUCAGCCCAUCUUGAUCUGAAUGCCUUGUCACACUACAAACCAAACAUCACCAGCCACCUGCUGAUAGUCACCAGCAUUUACUUUACGGAGUCAUUUUUUUCUCCAUUGUCCCAACUCCUUCUAAAUUCCACAGCCAUCCAGCUAUAUUUUGGCUAAUCCUUGCCCCAGAUGCCCUACCAGAUAUUACGCAGCACCAAGUGUAAUCCUGUCCAUCCCAGACUGUUCCACCUUUCCCAGCUGCCAAAAUGUCUUGCUCUCCUCUACCUCAUCCCCAAAGAGCCUGUAAAUUCAGAGUAUCCAACCUUUUCAUGGAUUCACUCUCUGUUGUUCAGUAAUACUACUUCCAUAGUUUAAAUAAAUCAUAGCAGAUUUUUGCCUUCUAACAAAGUAGGAAUCUUUAUAUUUAUACAUGAUACAGAAAGUGAACUAUUUCUACCAUGCAGAAUUUAGCACUUAACAGGACUUUAAAGUGAUUGAAUUGCCAUUCUACCCUGGAUCUGUAUUAGGUAGUUAAUACUGGUAUUAGUCCAAGUUAUUUGAAUGUGAAGUUAAAGUUCCCCAGGAGUCCAGACGGAUCUGUACCCCUUCUGUGAAACGGGGUUUCUGGCAUACAGAUGGGCGGUGUUUCAGAUCACUGGUUUUAUUUGGUGGUACCUGAGCCUUGGAACACAUGUCUGGCAAGAGGAUAUCUGAUAAAAGAUGGCUAGGUGGUCCUGUUGGAUCCCGGAAGCCCACUUGAUCAUAAUAUGUUUAAAAUGCCACAAACUAGGCUGCAUGAGGGUUUGAUGAAGCUUUCCUGGGUUAGACUAAGCUUCUCACCCCCAUGCCGACCCUGUUGUUCUCUUGGGAGGGACGUCCUCUGGGAUGGAGAGGGAAUGCAUUGCCUUUGUCAUCUGUAUUUUCUGGCUGCACUUCGGUACAUCCAGACAGUAUCUGUGAGGAGCAGGAAAUGCAGAGGAGGAAGACGCAACAGUUCUUCCUCUCCCGCCAGUGUGUACUCGUGUCAUCACAGAGGAAAACUUGUCAGGUUUCUAACAUGGGGUGGGUUUGUCUAUCGAUGGUUGUCUGGCCUGGGGACGAACGAACCACCUGUUUGAAAGUAUCGAUUAUUAAGAUCAAUGGUGGCAUCUGGAUGCUGUCCACUCCCAUUCAUGAGCAACCCAACCUGACAGCAGAGUCUAGUCAAUGCCUUUAAGGGCCCAGGAAUGAAUCAAUGCCUAGCUAAGGAAUGAGACAGUAAUGGAGACUUAAGGAAUGGUUUUUAUUAAAUCGUAUGUCAUGAAGUAUUUGUUCCAGCUUUAAAUUCAUCAUGGCUGCACCACCAUGAAGUAUAGAAUUGAAAAAAGGAGAUGAGAAGUGGGGGGAAGGAAGACUAUCUGAUUCUUUGCAGUGCUUGUGGAAAUUUCUGGGAAAAUGAAAUGCAUACUAUAAAAUAGCCUUUAGAACAAACACCCCAUUUUAUAGCUCAUAGGACAGUAUCAAAUAUUAGUAAGCUUAAAUGUGACAAAUAAAACUCUUGGUAUAUAAAUUUGCAAAAACAGUCUCUUCUCUUCCACCCCUCAAUUUAACCUCUUAAAAGCGAAUGUAUGAAUCCUGGUUAGCUAGAUGUAUCCAUCAUGACACCGAAUGAAAUGGAUUGUACAUCUCUUUCUUAAUCAGUCUUCACAAAUUUUCCAACUGGCUUCUAAGUCUGAUAUGGAAGGAUCAAAAUGUAGGCUAAAGGAAACAUAUCAAUUUGUAAUAGGGAGGCUGUUUUCUCCUGUCUGAAUUUUACUGCUUCUCUAAAAUAAAAUGCAAGAGUUAAAUGGUACCCUUGUUCCUCAAGGAACAUUAUCCAAACUCUAUCUAAUGCAGAUAUUUCCUUUGCAUUGAUAUAUCUUCCCUGGAAAGAAAAUACAAUUUUUCCCUCCCUCUUCCUCUUCACAUUUACUCUUCUCAACCUAAGACAGGAGAGACAGAAAAGGCAAACCACAGCCAGUGUGGCAUCUUUGUGCUACAAGAACAGUGACAUCACAGGCACAGUCUGAGCAAGGUCAAAAAGGACCCUGUCAGGUCGACAUGGAACAUGGCCUUGCUACUUGGAUUAGCUCCUUCAAACCUGAAAAUACCUUUUCUGGUCAUGGAAGAACUGGAUGUAUCCUUUAGCUUAUGAAAUAGGAUUUGAACUUGAAAUCUUUUUUUUAAAAUCCUGAUUUUGCAGGGCAGCUACAAGAUGAAUGUAUAUAUUAAGACUUUGUAGCUGAAUUGCACAUGAAAUCAGAUUGCCAACUUCUUGACUUUCAAAUUUAGACUUCAUUUUAUCCUUAAGUUGUGAGCGAUAUAUGUAGCAUGCUGUGAAAUGUCUAUUAUAGUUCUUUAAUUCAUCAGUAUUAAUACAGAAUUAUCUUUUGCGUUCCUUGGUACUUUUUAUUCAAUGUAAUCAGAAGCUGUGAUGUUUUGCCUUUGUAGUCCUGUGCUUUGUUACUGUAAUGUUUUUUUACGAAGCACGUGACUUUGGACUAUUGUGAGGCAGAUGAUCUUAAGACUGCUAUAUAUAUAUCAGUCUCUUACUAUAUAAGGUUUUCCAUUAGAAUAAGCUUUUAUCAAAUAGAUCAUUGAUGAAAUUUAGGAUUUACACAAUUUGCAUUGUCAAAUGACAGUCUUAUAUUUAUAGUUUCAAUUCCAAAAAUAGCAAACUUGAUAAACAGCCACUUUAAACGUGUUCUGGUGAACCAGACCCUGCUGUAGAUGUAGUCUGAGGUAGUUACCCAUAUAAACCUUCUCCACUGUUAUACCCUCCACAUGAGUCAGCAGUUAAGGAGAUUAUAGAACCCAUGAAAGCUUUUUGUAUGUAUAACUAGGUUUUAUUUUUCUUAUGUUGCUGAUUUUACAACUCUGACUAAAGCUGACCUGAAUGGAUCAGUGUAUGUGUAAUAUUCUAGUGCUUUAAAUGCCUUUUUUUUUUUGGAGGGAUGGGUAAUAUUAUUUGAACAGAUGCAGAAGGAACUGUUAGUGAGUCAAGACAAACACAUUUGAAAUAAAGGAACUGUGUAUUAACAUGUUAACAAUUCAUAACUGCACUUUUUAUGACAUUUUGAAAAUCUAUUUAUAGGUACAGAACAAUGGGUUUUGUUAAACUGUAUCACAUUUAUACUUGCAAAAAUUUAUUUCAUUGUUAUUAGUAGGAAUUUUAUUGGUUCAAUAAAAUUGGCAAAACUGAA